ACCAUUUUAUUUGUUCGCUUGUGAUAUCACGUGUUAUUUAUCUACGCUGUAAAUGCUUUAGAUAUACUAUAUGAAAUAUUUUGAUUUGUGCACAGUGAAUAUACUUAUGGAAUAUCUUUUUAAUUGAAACUUUUACAUAGCAGAGACAUACGUUUUUAAUAUGGAUUAUUUUGGUCUAUGUAAACUGACGUCUAAUGUCACAAACAUAGAUUUUCUGAAUUUUGCACCUUGUCCUCCACAAUGGUUUAAUUAUAAUGAAUUCCGAGAUCAUGCACUAAAUCAAAGUUUGUGUAUGCAUGAAGUUUGUAACUUAGCAACAAGAUGUGGUUUAACUGGUUCUAAUAUUGACUGCUCGUUAACAUCAACAACUGUGACAACAGAUGAUUUAUCUAGCAUUGUUACUGGUAACUCAUCUGCAAGUACGAUUUCAUCGACGUAUCAGACAUCGUCUACAGUUCGUACAUCUCUAAGCACAGUGUUAUCCAGUGAUUACUUACCGAUUUCACAAGCUAAUUCCGAAGAUAUUGGUAUAGUUAUACUAAUCGUACUUUUGUCUGCUAUUGCUGUCAUCAUCGUAGGAAUGAUAAUCUACUUGAAAUUAAGGAAGACAAAACAAAUAAGAAUUAUUUCUGCUACUCCGGUUACGGAACCACAACGUACUAUAUAUGAUGAACAUGGACACAAAUGUGAUCAAAAUUUGUCAAAAGAAACUGUACUAAAGCAAUCAAGCGUUAUAUAUGUAAAUAAUGAAACUCAAGGCAUAACAAUUACAAAAUUGUAACACCGCUUCAACGAGUUACGGUUUCCGCAUGGAAUUUAAUGCGAAUUAGAAACAAUAAUAAAUAGAUGAAACUCAAGUUUUAUCUAUCAAAACGGGUUUAAUAUCAUCAAGUGGUAUAAACUAUUUUAAUUUUUAUGCCAUGUAAUUAAAAUAUAUCCCGUAUUUAUAGUAAAACCUUAUCAUUGGAAAGACUUCGCCUUUAAUUUUGUGUGCUGGCUGAAAUAAGAAGAAUGUAGUCCAGCAACAUACCAGUGGAAAUACAGAAAAUAUGCUUAACUGCAGUGAAAAUUUAUAUUUACAGUGAAAAUACGGAAAAUGAAUAAAAAGGAUUUUAUUUCAUCAAUAUUUCUCAAUAUUUCAGCAAUAUUGCAUUAACAAAUAUAUGAUAAAGAAAAAUAAUGUCAAAGAAAUACAUUGUAUAUGUCUGAUUUCAUGUACAUAACUACAUAUCACGUUUUGGGUUAUGUAUCAUCACUGCAAUAAAGACUUGACAUACAUUAGUAGUAUUUGAUAUUCUUGUAUGCCAUUGAGGCUCUGGGUGAACGGUAACAAAACCUUUUAUUUACAAUCAAGAUACGUAGGUAUCUAUAACAUUUUCAAAUACAUAUAUACUAUUCUCAAAAAAACUUGAUAUGCUUAUAAUGCAUACGCGUCUUGCAGUGUUUGGGACAAUUUUUUGAUUAAUUUUAAAGAGUAGUAACCUUUAAAGAUUUACA